CGAUACAAGGCUGCAGUUAAUCAGAUUUAGCAGGGAGUCUAGAGGCUGAGUGCAGACUGUGCUGAAUGUGACUUUGUCACUGGAGCUUUCGUGGUGAUGCCCAUUCAUGUCUUUCAGAUAAAUUCCUGGAGCCGCUAUCUUCCUGCAUUUGUGUCUCACCACAUCUUCCAGGCACCUCUGCCUAGGAUUUAGCAGAAGCUCUCUCCUCCUCCUGAAGAGCUGCAUCUGUCUGCUCUCUCACCUGGCUCUAUACAACCUCCUGCAGAGAUCUGUUCCUACAGAACCUGAGCAGAUUUUUUGUAAGCCUGUGCAACGCUUGCAGGUAGAUGCAGGGAGAAGAUUGGUGUUUUGGGAGCAGAAAGCAGCCUCCAUUCCCCACGCCUCCUGACAAAGAGAAAUCACUGGCAGCGUGCACGGGAAGAAGCGGCAGUGAUCAAUAACAGACCAGAGGAAGAGAGAGAUGGUGAAUGAAUAAUGCACGUGGAGGAGCAGUUGGGGCAUGACCUGCUAGCACUGCAUGGCCUGAUUCCAGCCUUAUUGUACACAUUUCCAGAUGAAGAAAGAGCAGGGGCAUGGCUGAGGCUACCGAGGAGCCCUUCCCCAGGAAGGAGUGAAUCCCAAAGCAUUUUCAGUCUCCCCCGUUGUAGCUAAGAAGUGAGCAGGAUGCCCCCGGGCAUUUACUGCCCUAUGGAAUUCUGGUCCAAGGGGGAAAACCAGAACAUCCAGGUGGACUUUCUGCUGCCCACAGGCAUAUACUUGAACCUCUCUGUGUCCUGCAAUGCCAGCUUGGGCACCAUCAAGCAGGUGGUGUGGAAGCAUGCUCAGUAUGAGCCGCUCUACCACAUGCUCAGUGACCCCGAGGCCUACGUCUUCACGUGCAUCAACCAGACAGCUGAGCAGCAAGAGCUGGAGGAUGAGCAGCGGCGGCUUUGUGACAUCCAGCCCUUCCUACCGGUACUGCGGCUCGUGGCUCGAGAAGGCGACAGAGUCAAGAAGCUUAUUAACUCCCAAAUCAGCCUGCUCAUUGGGAAAGGUUUGCAUGAGUUUGAUUCCAUGCAGGAUCCAGAGGUGAAUGAUUUCCGCACCAAAAUGUGCCAGUUCUGUGAGGAGAGAGCAGCAAAGCGGCAGCAGCUCAGCUGGGCAGCUUGGAUGGAGUACAACUUUCCCUUGCAGCUGGAGCCCAUGGCCAAAGGCUUUGGGACUGGACUCUUGCACACCCCCACCAAGAACAUUUUUGUCAACGUCAAGUUUCAGUCUGGUGGGGAGAGCUUCACUUUCCAGAUCGCCCCAGAUGAGUUCCCCAUCACGUUAAUGAGCUACGCUAUCAAGAAGCAGGCUACUGUCUUCCGCCAUGAGACAAUGGAGAGCCCGGAGGACUAUACCCUGCAGGUGAACGGGAAGUACGAAUAUCUGUAUGGAAACUACCCCCUGUACCAGUUCCAGUAUAUUCGCAGCUGCCUGCACCGAGGCCUAACACCCCACCUGACCAUGGUACACUCGUCCACUAUCAUUGCUAUGAGAGAUGAGCAAAUCAACUGCAUUGCCAACACCCCAAAGAUGUCUGCAAAGCCUCCCCCGCUCCCCAAGAAAAAGCCAAACUACGGUUCUCUCUGGUCCUUAGAGCAGCCUUUCUACAUUGAGCUGGUGCAAGGCAGCAAGGUCAAUGCAGAUGAGAGAAUGAAGCUGGUGGUGCAGGCAGGUCUCUUUCACGGCAAUGAGAUGCUGUGCAAAAUGGUGUCAAGCUCUGAAGUGAACGUGUGCUCGGAGCCGGUGUGGAAGCAAAGGCUGGAUUUUGAUAUCAACAUCUGUGAUCUUCCCCGCAUGGCGCGGCUCUGUUUUGCCCUCUAUGCUGUCAUCGAGAAGGCGAAGAAGGCACGCUCCACCAAGAAGAAGUCCAAGAAAGCUGACUGCCCCAUUGCCUGGGUGAAUGUCAUGCUCUUCGACUAUAAGGACCAGCUGAAAACGGGGGAGUGCUGCUUGCACAUGUGGUCCUCCUUUCCAGAUGAGAAAGGUGAACUUCUGAACCCCAUGGGCACAGUACAGUGCAACCCCAACACGGAAAGUGCAGCAUCCUUGGUCAUCUGCUUCCCCAACGUUGCAUCGCAUCCUGUGUAUUACCCGUCAUUUGAGCAGCUGCUGGAGUUGGGCAGGAAUGGAGAACCACCCCGCACUGCACCAGAAGAUCCAGAGGAGAAGCUGCAACUGAAGGAGAUACUGGAGCGGAGGAGCCACACUGAGCUCUAUGAGCAUGAGAAAGACCUGGUGUGGAAGAUGAGAUAUGAUAUCCGUGACCAGUACCCACAAGCUUUGGCAAAGCUCCUUAUCAUCACCAAAUGGAACAAGCAUGAAGAUGUUGCCCAGAUGAUUUCCCUGCUUCAGACCUGGCCAGAGCUGCCUGUCCUGAAUGCCUUGGAGCUGCUGGAUUUCAGCUUCCCUGACCGUUAUGUUGGCUCCUUUGCUAUCAACUCAUUAAAGAAGCUGACAGAUAACGAAUUGUUCCAGUACCUGCUGCAGCUUGUCCAGGUGCUCAAGUAUGAAUCCUACUUAGACUGUGAAUUAACCAAGUUCCUGCUGGAUAGGGCAUUAUCCAACCGUAAGAUAGGCCACUUCCUCUUCUGGCAUCUCAGGUCAGAAAUGCAUGUCCCUGCAGUUGCCUUGAGGUUUGGCUUGAUCCUGGAAGCAUAUUGCAGAGGCAGCACCCAUCAUAUAAAAGUUUUGAUGAAACAGGGAGAAGCACUCAACAAAAUGAAAGCUCUGAAUGACUUUGUUAAAGUGAGUUCUCAGAAGGCCACCAAGCCUCAAACCAAAGAGAUGAUGCAUGUGUGCAUGAAGCAGGAAACUUAUCUUGAAGCACUUUCCCACCUCCAGUCUCCCCUAAACCCCAGCAUUAUCCUCGCUGAAGUUUGUGUGGAUCAGUGCACCUUUAUGGACUCCAAAAUGAAACCUUUAUGGAUUGUUUUUAAUAAUGAAGAGACAAGUGGCGGUGGAGUGGGGAUCAUUUUUAAAAAUGGAGAUGAUCUUCGUCAGGACAUGCUGACUCUGCAGAUGAUCCAGCUGAUGGAUGUUCUGUGGAAGCAGGAGGGCCUGGACCUGAGGAUGACCCCUUAUGGCUGCCUCUCCACAGGAGACAAGACUGGGCUGAUAGAAGUAGUCAUGCACUCAGAUACCAUCGCUAACAUCCAGCUGAACAAGAGCAACAUGGUGGCCACUGCAGCCUUCAACAAGGACGCACUGCUCAACUGGCUGAAGUCCAAGAACCCAGGUGACGCAUUAGAACAAGCUAUAGAGGAGUUCACUCUCUCCUGUGCUGGGUACUGCGUGGCAACAUACGUGCUGGGGAUAGGCGACCGGCACAGCGAUAACAUCAUGAUCCGGGAAACCGGCCAGCUGUUCCAUAUUGAUUUUGGUCACUUUUUGGGGAACUUCAAAACCAAAUUUGGUAUUAAUAGAGAACGAGUUCCUUUCAUCUUAACCUAUGACUUUGUGCAUGUCAUCCAACAAGGAAAAACUAACAACAAUGAGAAGUUUGAAAGAUUCAGAGGUUAUUGUGAAAAAGCCUAUAUGAUUCUGAGGCGCCACGGUCUUCUCUUCCUGCACUUGUUUGCACUGAUGAAAGCUGCUGGCCUGCCAGAACUCAGCUGCUCUAAAGACAUUCAGUAUCUAAAGGAUUCCCUAGCUCUUGGUAAAACGGACGAGGAGGCACUAAAGCACUUCAGACUAAAGUUUAAUGAAGCCCUGCGAGAGAGCUGGAAAACCAAAGUGAACUGGCUAGCACACAACGUAUCCAAAGAUAACAGACAGUAGAGCAACUGAGUCAGCCUGCACACUCGCUCCGAGAGAAUGUAAUGCCACUUGCACUGAAUCCAGCCAUUGUAGACUGUUUUAUAAAGACUGAUGAAUGUUGCUGUGUUCAAGAUCCCUCACCUGCAUUCCCAGAGGUCACACUUUUCUGCAUGACUGAAGAUUGUUGGACUGUCGUCAGCUGCCUAAUCAUGCCUGCUCUAGAUCUUUGGGGGACAAGGGGCAGGCAUGAGGCAAUAAAAUUACUGCACAGUGAAAGGUAGGUAGAUGUACUGUAUCCUUAAGAACUUGUUAAGCUUCAAAUACAUCUUCUAAUGGAAGAGUUUAGGCUGUUGUAACAUCCUUUGAAGAUAUUAAGUGGGCUAAUGUGUCUAUUUUCUUGACAAUUCAGCUGAACACUGAAAAGCUAUCCUAUAGCUCUUAUACUAUAGCUGUUCUUCUAGGCCCCUACCAUUACAGCUCAGAGGCUUUAACUCACUACGUGAUCACUCCUUCUAGCCUGUUUCAGUGUGCAGCAAGGUAGGUCAGUCUAAAUCACCUCUGAAACCUACUUGGGUGAAUUGUUUUACUCUGCAGUGUGACAGGGAAAAAUAUCCAUACUAUUGUAUUACUAUCUCUCUGCUUCAGAGGCCAAAAUGUUCUGAAAGGGAACUGGAGUCCAGCUAUUGCUGUCUAAAAGCUGAUGCUACAAGAACAGGCUUGGGUCAGCCUAAUGUGGGUUAGGUACAUUUGUUUGCUUUCCUAAAUCGGACUUUAGUUCCACCUCAAGCCGUUCCUGGAUUUUUUUUUUCUGUUCAUAAGCCUGAAAACAUUAAGAUUGCAUUUUGAAAAUUGGCAAGUAAUUGGUUGCUACAUGUACCUCCUGUUGGGGUACAUUAGAGCUCGUUGGCCACCUGGCUUCCCUCUACUGCACGCAUGCAGGGCGCUGGCCUACACCUACGUAAUCACUAGGAUACAACACUGUAAUCCAGUGUCAGCUGGGACAGAUGGCACCAUUCUGUGCUUAAGUUAUUUGGCCAGUCUGCCUUCCUGUGUAACGAUAGAGGAGUGCCAGAUGAGUGGGUUUAACACUGAAAAAUUACUUGCAAGAAGUUGCAUCUCAAUUCAUCUUACAAAUUUGUUCUCUGUUCUUUUCCAACACACAUCCUGCUCUCAACUAAGGUACAUGACUUUUUGUCUGUUAUUAGAGCUGGGGUGCAAAGACUCUGUGUCUGUACGGGGUGGUGGAGCCAAAGAGCAAGGUGCAGCCAUCUGUGCUGGUACCUACAGCUGGACAAACUGUUCCAGCCUUCUGCUCUCACGGCUGCCUACGUCUUUUUCCCAGGUGGAACCUCCUCUCCCACAAGGUGCUGUUGUUAAUCAUAUAUUUCUACUCCUGUGUCAUAUUUUUGUUUCCAGCUAGCGUCCUCACCUGGUGGGCAGUUCUGAGCACUGGUGUUGCAAAGGGACAGAUGAACAAGAGCCACUGCUGUCCCUCUGUGCCUCAUGUGAGCACAGUGAGGUGCAUCAAGCAGGCUGCAGCCUAUGGGUCAUGCUGGAAGAUAAGUGAAGUAGUCUGGUUAGUAUCUGCUUCCUUUAGCAGUUCCCUGAGGUGCUUUCUUUCCAUUUCCCUGUGUUCUCUACAACAUCAUGUUCCUAUGAAGGUGCUAUCAUUCCUACAUGUUAAGGAAUGACAAAAUCAUUCAAUUUUCAAGACAUCACUAAAGCUGAAUCAGAUCUUUGAUCGUAUGCCCUUAACUAGAUUGAACAGUGCUAGAUAUCUUUCAAGGUCCCUUCCAAUCCCUAACAUUCUGUGAUCCUGUGAAAUACAGGCUUUUCGUAUCAUGUUUCCUAAGUGACAAGAAAUCCAAAUACUGUCAAACAAUGGUCUACUCUCAUAUAAACUUAGCUUCCAUGACUGGUUUGAAUUAUUUUUGCCUAAAGCUUACACAAAACCAGCCAGUUUCGGACAGAGGCUGAACUGAACUGUUUAUUCUUAGUAGAUUUACCCCUGUUAUGGGGUAAAUUUGAUUCGAUAUUGUUUUUGCAUCCAGCAUCUAGGUACAACUCAUUCUUGACUUUCAGCUCUUUUUAAAACCAGGUACUCCUGGUACUUCAAAAUAAACAAAAUGAUUCCAGGUAAUACUGGCUAAGUCCACUGGUUUUUAAAAAGCACAAGUUCAAACAUAUUUUUCAUAAGCUGCAUAACUAAGUUAAUACUGCCUUAAAGUAACUUCUACCUCUGUAGAAAGUACAAGUAGAUAUAAUGAUGUUUGGUAUGCAUGAAACAACUUUAAUAAAAAAAACCUUUCUUCAUUGUCUAUAUAUACAAACAGAUGAUACCAGAUGAUGGAUUAAAUGUAACAUUGUGGCUCAUUUAAAUUGUUUUACAUACUUAAGGUUUCUUUUCAUGAUAUGAAGUCUAUUCUAUACUGUUAUCUCUAUAUGUGGUAUAAACCAGGUUGCUUCUCAUACAGCACCUCUUUCCAGAAGCCGCAGUUAGACAGCAGACAACUGCUUUAACUUGACACAAUCCUCACUGAUCCCCUUUCAUUACACCUUUCAAAUGACUGUAUGUGACUGAGAUUUGGCAGAACAUGUCAAGAUAGAAUGGUAUGUGCCUUUGUAAUUGACCCAUAUUAUUUACUACACAACCCUCUCUAACAGUUUGUCAGCAUAUUAAGUAAUAUUGAAAGCCUGUUUGCAGCUACAAAAAGCAACUGUUGUGCUGUACUUUCCCUAUGUUACACACCCUAGAUAGCUAGAACCUAAAGCCAGGCUUCGUGUCAACCCAUAGCUAUGCAUUUGACUUAUAACACUAGCAAAUCAGCAUUGGAUAAAUGUGUAUAAACUGACCCUAUCUUGACUGGAGACAGGACUCUAGAAUGGCUGCUGCUUCUGGAGAUUAGACUAAAAGAAGCUUCAAAUGGUCUUUGACUUGUCCUCUGUGAAAGGAAUACUGCCAUACGGUAUAAAUUGCUUUCACUGAUGUGGUUCCCACGUGUAGUAUAUUCCUCACUGUUUUCUUGAACUGAACAGCAGUUAUUGGUCUCAGGUUUCAAACUAAAUCUUAAAGCAGUGGAUCUCUAUUUGUAAAUAUAGUAUUACAAAGCUGAACUGUUUAACAAAUUAUGAGAGUAAUCCAUCUGACAUGUUUUUAGCUAAUAUUUUAAGUAUUAUAAGGAUACUUUUCCUUUUCAGUGCCAGAUUGUAUAGCCUGUUGCUUCACAGGCUAAAAGGGCAUCACAAAGUAGCACUAGGGAUAUGCUCAUCUCUCUUACACCCAAUUAAAAAGUUCCAGUACCGUAAGGACUUGGACAAACACAAGCAUUUCCACAGGGGAGCAGAUUACCAUGUGUCAGCUGCUCCGCCACAACUGACAGCGAGCCUGUGCUUUCACAGGCACUUUUUUCAUUAGGCCACAUCCACAGUGAGAUGCACUGUGAUCACAAUAGGAGGGAACAUGCUACACAUCUGUAAAUGUAAAUGCAAUUUUCUUACACUGCCAUCAACUGAAAAUCCAGGAUCCCCUCUGUCAUAAUGUAGAAAGGCAGUCUUACCUAGCAGGUUCCUUGGUCACUCUUAGGUAAUCUGUUUGCAGGCUCGCAGCAGUUCAUACCCGGUUUUAUAGAAGUACAAAGCAGCAGUGGCUCAUGUCAUCUGUCCUUCAAUUGUACAAGUGCAAUAAAACAAAGUUGUAUCAGAAUAAACUGCUAGAACUGAGCGAUUCCAAAAGUGUUUCUCAAUUCAGCACAGUUUUAGGUAGGUUUUGUAGUCUAGAAAGUUGACUUACCUACAAGUAAGAAUGUCCAUGAGUCAGCGAGUGGACUUCCUCCCUUGUACUCCACUGGAAUAGCAUCUUUAAUGAAAUUCCGAUGGCUGUAUUGGGUCAGCAAAGAGGCUUCUGUCUCUGAUUGACAAAACAGCAGCUCACCUGAUACUUCCCAGCAUGUUGAAUUGUACCGAAGAUUAAAACUUAAAUUACUUUGAAAAAUGUUACAUUUCACUGUAAAUAAGUAACUUCUGAUUUUAUAAAUAUGCUCAAGGUGAUGCCCCUUUCUACUUCUAUUUAUUUAGAGAUGUUUUUUGUGAUUUUUUUUAACUGUAAAAACAGAUUGUGCUUAUUCUGUUGCCUUUGAAAAAAGUAUUUUUUUAAGUCAAAACGUGGUUCUGUAAGAAGAGAAUGUUUACAUGUUUAACUUUUCAGUUGUUUUAGGUACAUGUUUUGUACAACAAAAAGUAAUAAAAAAAAGAUUAAAUUGUA